CUCCACAUUUAGUAGGGGAGCUUCUUCGAAUCAACAUGGCAGCCAAUACCAACUCAACAGAAAAGGGGGUCGAUGUGGUUGCACGUCAUGAUGAAGAGAGCGCCGAUUCAGAGUUUCCACAAGAGAAACCAUCAUCAUCACAGGGUUCUGAAGUAGAAACAGUCGAUCAUCCACGUCUGAAGAGCAUUAAAAGAAAGGUAGAUCUUCGGAUCUGCCUUGUUCUUGGAUGUCUAUACACGAUAUCUCUCUUGGAUCGUGUCAAUUUACCAAAUGCGGUAGUCGCUGGGAUGGCCAAAGACCUCAAAUUGGUUGGCAACCAAUAUUCGUUGCUUGUCUUGGUCUUUUUCCCUUUCUAUAUUUCCUUCCAGCCCCCUAUGACAGUCAUUGCCAAGAAGCUCGGCCCCCGGAACUUUUUAACUGGCAUUGUUGUCAGUUGGGGUCUAGUUAUGGUAGGACACGGCCUUGUUCCAAAUUGGAAGGUGAUGCUUGCUCUCAGGUGCUUGCUUGGUCUGUUUGAAGCUGGCUUUUUCUCUACUUGCGUGUAUCUUCUGAGCACCUGGUAUGUCCGAAGGGAGGUUGCCAAAAGAAACGCAGCUUUUUAUCUUCUUGGAUCGUUCUUUGCUGGGUUUGGUGGCAUCCUAGCCUAUGGAGUUUCGAAGAUGGAUGGAAUCGCAGGAAGAGAGGGGUGGAGAUGGAUUUUUAUCAUCGAAGGGGUUCUAACAGUCGCAAUGGGUUUGAUUGCAUUCUUUUUUUUGGUCGACUUCCCAGAAAAAGCCAUGAAUUCAUGGAGGUUUCUUAACGAAGAUGACCUAAAGAUCAUCGUCGAUCGCGUGGAGCGGGAUCGAAGCGAUGUUGUUGCGCCUCCAUUUAAACUCGGCGAGUAUCUUAAAAACGGACUAGACUGGAAGGUCUACUUUUUCGCGGCAAACUUCGGCCUUUCUUCUGUGGUCACUUACGCUGCUGCCUACUUUCUCCCCAUCGUCCUUCGCGACGGGCUUCAUUUUUCCGUCGCUGCUGCACAAUGUCUCAGUACACCAUGUUACGUUUUCGCUAGUAUUCUUGGAUAUUCACAGGGUUAUUGGUCGGACAAGAUUAAUAUGCGCACGCCGUUCAUCUUGUUCAACUGCCUGCUCGAGAUCAUUGGCGUAGCCGUCCUCGGCUUCGCGACCCAAAAUCCAGCUCGGUACUUUGGAGCCUUCCUAAUCAUUGGUGGCGCCAACUCAAACAUCGCUCUGGUUCUCACAUAUCAAGCAAAUAAUAUUGUGGGUCAAUGGCGACGAGCUUUCUGCUCAGCAACCAUUGUUGGAGCAGGUGGCAUGGGAGGUAUAAUCGGAUCCCUCACAUUCAGAAGCCAGGAUGCACCGGAUUACAGACCUGGCCUAUAUACUUGCCUUGUGGCGGCUAUAAUGGUAGCCCUCUCCGUUACAACUACAACAACUCACUUCUAUUUUAAGAAUAAAAAGCAGGCCCAGGGACUCAUUGUCCUGGAAGGGUUGCCAGGGUUUAGGUACACGUAUUAAUUAUUGGCAAUGGCUCUUUAGUCUGGAAUUCGAAUUCUUUGACGGAGGAAAGUACAGCUGUUAUAUUAAAUACAUAUCGAACCAAUGUGAGAAUGGCACUUUCUGCACCAAGUACAGAUUAGAAACUAAGUUUCAUAUCCAAACAUUAAACCGUAUAUAUUCUUAAUUUGC